UCUGUCGUUAGUAUCCACGUAAUUAAACUCAAUUUUAGCGACUCUUUAUUCUCGUUAAGCCCUUAAAUGCCACAAGGGAAUGCGAAUUACAAGCGCCACAACAUUCUAAAUCGUGCUCUAAGUUUUUAUUAGAAGCUGACCUCCCAUUUUUAUCGUAGAGUCGCAAAAAUGUGAAGCUCGUAAUGACUCAUCUCGGGAACGACACUUUUAACUUGACGGGAUUUAAAAUCAACGUCACAAUAAGAGACGAUGCAACACUUUACCCUCCGAGUUUAGUGAUUCCGGUUACUGUGGUGUAUGGUGUCAUUUUUGUAACAGGAGUGAUUGGAAAUGUGAGCACGUGUAUCGUUAUUUCCUGCAACAAGUCGAUGCACACGGCUACCAACUAUUAUCUCUUCAGUUUGGCUGUUUCGGACAUGUUACUAUUGAUUUCGGGACUUCCCCCGGAAAUGUACCGGCUGUGGUCGCCGGAAACUUAUGUUUUUGGGGAAGCAUUUUGUAUUCUGCAAGGAUUCGCCGCCGAAACUUCAGCUAAUGCUACUGUUUUAACGAUCACAGCUUUUACCGUCGAGCGUUACGUUGCAAUUUGUCACCCCUUCGUUUCGCACACUAUGUCCAAACUUUCGAGGGCCAUUAGGCACAUUAUUGUGAUUUGGGUAGUGGCUUUGUGUCUUGCAGCCCCUCAAGCAAUCCAAUUUGGUGUGGAAUAUGAGCUGAAGGAUGGAGUCCAAUACAGUCGAUGUACCGUCGUUUCGAAUUUUUUUCAACACGCUUUUGAAAUUUCAACGUUCCUGUUUUUCGUGGGCCCAAUAACGCUUAUUACCGUCCUGUAUGUACUUAUCGGCAUUCAGUUGAGGAAAUCAAGACUUAGUAUGACAAAAAAGAGGUCGCUGGGGAGCUCUGGAAGCAGCGAACAGGCCAGGAAUAGGAAUCAAGCGGCGCAGAAGCGAGUCGUGAAUAUGUUGAUUGCAGUGGUGGUGGCGUUCUUCAUCUGUUGGGCUCCUUUCCAUGCGCAAAGACUGAUGGCGGUUUAUUUGUCCACCGCUUCCAAGGAGGCGCAGGAGAUGACCUUUGAGCUCUAUAUGGUUCUUAUGUACGCAUCCGGAAUUUUGUAUUUUCUGUCCACGACGAUUAAUCCGGUGCUCUAUCAUAUUAUGUCAAAUAAAUUUCGCGAGGCAUUUAAGAAAACCUUAAAGGACUUCUGUCGUCGCGACGGCCCCCGCCACGCCGCCCAAACCUACUCCGUUUUAAGUCGCUGCCCACCGCUCAACCGCCACUUCGAGCGUCCAUCUUCCGUCACCCUCGACAACCACAUGAAAGAAGAACUCCACCUCAAGAAGAGCACUACUCACCGCUCCUACAAUUUCCUCGGCUGCAACAAAGUCAAACAAGACUCUUCGACAAUAAACGAGUGCCAAGACCUCCACACCAUCGUCUUGAGUGAAUCUAAACCGCCCACUCCCGGGUCUAAAACCUCGCAAAGAAGCGAUAAAUUUCGUAUUUUCCGCGUCUUCGGCCAACAGAAACGUCCAGUGAAGUUUUUCAGGGAGAAGAGUGUCGACAGCGGCCACACUAUCAGCAAUUCAAGCCUCCAGGACGUGGAUAAGAUGGAACACAGCAGCUUGGAUUUGGUCAAAUACAUGGAAGAGAUCAAUGAAGAUAUUACCUAACGCAAAGAUAAGCGCUGGAGGCGAUUAGAAACUAUUCCAGAACUCUCUGAUCUCAGUGUGUAUCUGUGAUUCGUAUCUCUGUGGGAUGUGUACUUAAUUUUUAAGUAGUUGUUGAAUAAUUUUCGUUUUGGAAAAGGUGUGUUUUCAUGUGUGAUUUGUAUUAAAUGUUUGUAUAAAUAUUUUUAAAUGUAUGAAAAUCUUUCUUAUUUAAUACGUGUAAGGACAAAUGUGAUUAAAACUAUUAAAAUAUUUUACUUUGAUAAAAACACUUGAUGGAGUUUGCUGAUUUAAAUGAGAAAUUUAUUGUUAGAGUAUAAAACA